UUAAAGAGCUUGGCCGGCCACUCCCUCCUCCUUUGCCUCAUUUCUUUUCACUUCCCACUCCUUUCUUCACUCCCACACACUCUCCUCCUCCCCUCCCCACGAAAUAUUGCUCCCCCAAGGCUUCAUGGCCGGCCAUGGCCAUGGAAAGAGCUCCAAGAUGAAGUCCCCUCCUCCCUCAAGCUCCUCCUCACCAUGAGAGCCUCCCUCUCCUUCUUCUCCCCAACCCUAGAUGGUUUUCUCUCCUCUUCUUCUUCCUCCCUUGCUAAGAUUGGAUCUUGAUGCAGGUGCAUGUUGGUCCAAGCAUGGAGAAGCUUGAGCUAUCCUCAGAUCUGAAGUUCUUGAGCAAAAUCCAAAUCGAGUGGUUCAAAGUUCUGCAGAUAGGUAUUGAAAAUAUCUACAACUUGGCGUUAGUCUCAUCCUCAAAUUCGUUACGGAUUUUGCAUGAUCAAGAUCUGAUCAGAUCUGACUUUGUCGAAUUAAACCAGGAGCUUGGAGACGAAUUUUUGAAUGAAACCAACUGGAUGCGAACAAUUUCGGAGGAGAAGAAGAAGAAGUGGAAUCGGACAAGGAUUUUAUUUGUACUGUGGGAAUUCUUAUUUGAUGGAGUUGAAGAAGUCCAGGGACGAAUAAGCCAAGGCAAGCCAUCUUUUGAUCUCUGAUCCGGUGUCUAGUUGGAUGUCAUUUGUUGAUGUUCAAAGCACCUUCAUUCUAUGUGUGUUAUUAUCUCUAUUUAUGUCAUCUAUGUGUGUUUGCAAGUGGGGUACUCCCUAGUGGUGAUGCUCCACUAUUUGUCCUUGUGUUAUGGGAUGCAUGGUAGCAUGGCCGUGCUAUCCCACUUGGUUA